AGUCUGCUGUUUGUUGAGAUCCCCUCCUAUCGCGACCUGUCGAUCUGCCAUUCUGCCAAAGUGAACUUCUAUGUCAUCAACGGAAAGAGGAAGCGCAGCCAGCCACAGCACUUCACAUUCACUCCACUGGCAGGUAUGGUACCAUAAGCAUCAGCAAUAAGGAGGCAAUACCCAUCAUGUGACUGUGACUGUCUGAGAGAACUGUGUGCUAUUUUAGGUGCUUCUGUGAAAGAGCAAUACAAUGAUGUAGGAAUGAUAUCAAGUCAUAUGUUAUUCCAUGUCAGUAAUAUGUCACUAAGAUAUAUGCAUGGUGUAGUAUAUUAUAGUUACUUUAAGCAGUAUAACUUAACCCCCACUCAUAUCUCUGUUGUCUUCCAUCUCUCCCACAGUCCCGUCCAUUAAAACAGAGCCUGUGGAUGACUAUCCUUUAUCCAUGACCCAGAUUCUGGGUGUGUCCCCCCAGUCCUACUACCACCACAGCCCUGGGUUCCGUGGGAUCAUCCACCCAGACAACGGCCUGGUCUCCAGCAUGGCCUCCUGCCAGCAGGUCCGCUCAGGCCUCCCCACCCCCGUCCCAGACACCUGCUUCCAGCAGCAGAGCCCAGCCAUUGUGUACUCCCGUGGGGGCAAGAGUCUGAGCGGCAGUCCUGGAGGGCUCUACCAGCAGAUGGGGGUGAUGCCUGACCCACACCGCACCGUCCUGGUCCACACGGGCUCCCCAGCCCAGUCGUCCCCGCUGGGGGCCCAGCAGCAGCAGCAUGGAGGGGGCCAGGGCCAGCACCCCUCCAUCAUCCAGUUCUCCCCCACCAACCAACACCUGCUCCGGGGAGGCGACCCUCCACCUCUCCAGCCUGACAAGCAGCAGCACAUCAUCUACUGUGAUGGCUACCCUCAGCAGUCUGGAGCCCAAGCUCACUCCCCUAUCUCGGCCCACUCCCCCCAACAUUACCCCACCACGGUGAUCCAGCAGCAGCCCUACGUGCCCAAGGGGGUGCCCAAGGGCAGGUCUUCCCCUGGUGGGAUGGAGGCCCAGAGAUGCCCCCCUGGAGAGGAGCAGAGAGCCAGCCUCCCUGGAGGACGGGUCACAGUCAAGGAGGAGAACCUGGAUCAGAUGUACCUUGAUGAC